AUGGAUACCCUCGCUCCUAGGUCGAGCGAGAGGCGAUCCCCCUCACCAGGGGCUUCUACUCCCUCGGCCUCUACCUCUAACGUCAAUCCGGUGACUCUACUUGAUCACAUUGUUCAUGUUGUCGACAUUACUUUAGGUGCCCCGAAGCGAGAGCUCGAAGGUGCCGGUAACAUGCUGAGCAGAUCCCAUUACUCCGAUACCUUACUUCGGUGCUCGAGGUUUUGCGGUGAAGGACCAACGGCAUUAUAUGUCUGCAAGGAAAUGGUGGAGUCUGCUGGAGAUACAUCGACAGAUUCUAUCGAAGGCCCCACCACCCCUCAGUACAAGUUUUCAAUCUCGUCGGAACUCUCCACAUCACCCCUUACUGUGGCAACUGUAGCUUUGAUCAAACGUCCUGCUGCUCUCGAAGCCACGAUUCCACUUGCCAACCAACUCCAGAUAACCAACCUCCCUGGAAACUCUCCCUAUGAGAUUCUACACUCCCUCAUGCACCAUGCCUUAGUGCCAUAUUUCGACGCCUAUAUCAAGGCGAAUCAGACACAGAGCGGGAAGAGCUCAACCCAGGCAGCUGGCAGAUAUGCUGACAAUGAAUCUAAAUCCGGUAUACCGGCUGCUAAGAAGAAGAUGGCCGAGCUUGAACUUGCAUUUCUCCACUUGCAGCAGAAUAUUGAAAUUCCAGAGCUCGCACUUGUCAUGCACCCGACCGUCCAGGCUGCCAUUGAGGAAGCUGCGUCGAAAGGCCAGAAGCCUUCACUUGACCUUAUCCCUUCCACCAUUGUUAAUGAUUCUAUGUUCCUCAAUCAACUCCAAUCAACCGUCAAUUCUUGGAUUAAAUCGAUUCAAACUAUUACCAAAAUGCAGAGAGACGCUGACUCGGGCAGUGCUACGCAAGAAAUCAACUUCUGGCUGAAUAUGGAAUCUGCCUUGGAGGGUAUUGAAGAACAGCUCCGAAGCGAGGGAGUUCUCUUGACCUUAGAAAUUCUAAGACACGCCAAACGCUUUCACGCCACAGUCUCCUUUAUUGCAGAUACCGGGUUGAAAGAAGCAUCGGAUACUGUCCAAAAAUACAACCAGCUGAUGCGUGAUUUCCCGUUGGACGAGCUCUUGUCCGCAACGUCGCUUAUCAAGGUCCAGGAAGCGCUUGUCAAGAUAUUUGGUCAUAUCAACAAGAAGUUAAGAAUCACCAGCUAUCCUAUUAGGAGAGCUUUACCUCUUGUCGAAGCUAUUUCAGGAGAUCUCGAUGAUCGCUUGCACGAACUUUUGUCAGGAAGGAGAUUGAUGCAUAUGGAAUACAAGGAUUUUGAUGCUCUGAUGAACGUGGCCGAUAGCAUCUUCAAUACUUGGGAUGAAAAUGUUAAAGAGUUCACCAAUACAGCUCGUGAAGUUACUCGGAAGCGAGCAGAGAAAUUCAUCCCUAUCAAAGUCACGAAAAGGCAUAGCAAGACCCAAGAGCGUCUUACAUAUGUCAGGGCUUUUAGACACGGCCACGAACAACUCCAGCGAACUAUCCAAAAUGUUCUCGGCCCUGGAAAUGAUUCUGAUGCUCGCGGUGAGCCUGGCGGCCAUGCCGCAAUCGAAGAGAUCGGUGAUGUCGAUGCUGUAGAGGAGGUUGCUUCAGCGUACGCUGUCCUCAAAGAUGUCGAUGUUCUCGAUGUCACCUUGGAAGGGACGGAUAUUUGGAUCUCGGCGGAAAAUGCGUACAACGAACGCACAUCUCGUGUCGAAAACUCGAUCAUAGCAAGAUUGAGGGAUCGACUGGCUACUGCGAAGAACGCCAACGAGAUGUUCCGCGUCUUCUCCAAGUUUAAUGCUUUGUUCGUGAGGCCAAAGAUCCGUGGGGCUAUCCAAGAGUAUCAGACCCAAUUGAUCGACAAUGUCAAAGCGGAUAUUGCAGCCUUACACGAGAGGUUCAAGCAACAGUAUGGGCACAGUGAAGCCCAUGCAAUGGCCCAAAUACACGAUCUUCCACCGAUUGCUGGGGCGAUUAUAUGGGCAAGGCAGAUAGAGCGCCAACUCAAUGCGUAUCUAAAGCGUAUCGAAGAUAUUCUAGGUAAGGGUUGGCAGGACUAUGCUGAAGGCCAAAAGCUGUUCAGCGAAAGCAACUCAUUUAAGACGAAACUCGAUACUCGCCCCAUAUAUGAGGCCUGGCUUGCGGAUGUUCAGCGACGGAACGUCUCAAUUUCCGGUCGUCUUUUCAAUAUCAACAGGAACCGUGCUCUCGGUAACCAAUUGGAAUUGCUUGUAAACUUUGAUCCUCAGGUCAUUGCUCUUUUCAAAGAAGUUCGAAAUCUCGUCAACCUCAAGUACACUGUUCCGCACGCUAUCAACAAUGUUUCGAAAGAGGCAAAACGGGUCUACCCCUAUGCAGUCUCCCUGAUGGAGUCUGUUCGCACACUGGCUCAGACCAACAAAGUCAUUCUAGAUAUGAGUGAUGUCUCUACGUUGUUGUCAGGUUACCAAAACGAAGUACAUGUACUGAUUGCAAAGGGAAUUCCGCUGAAGUGGGAAAGCUUCGUUCACAGCUAUGAUCUCCACAUGCGUAAUGUUGUAUCAUAUCUUCCAAAUGGUAACAUGGAAGGCGGUUCAUCACUCGCUGGUCGGGAGUCUCGUCAUGUCCAGUUUGUCAGGGAAAUGGCUGCGGCGGUUAACAUGCUUCAAAUAAAGACACAAACAUUGAGCACGAUCAACGACAAUAUCAGAAAGGCGCUAACGGAACUUAAGUCUUGCCCUUAUGAUACCGAAUCACUGAGAACGAGACUUGAGGUUAUCCAGACAGCCGUCGACCAGUUGAAUUUGGAAAACUUUGUUAACCUACCCCAAUGGGUUGGGGAUCUUAAUAAUCAAAUUCAGACUAUUCUCUUGGGCCGACUCGAGGAGGCAACAAAUACAUGGAUUGCUGUUUUCGACGGAACCCUUGCGGAAGAUGAGGUUGCACAGCCAAGCAAGAGGCGGCCAGAUACUGCUGACUCAGAGGGUGAAAAGAAAGACGAGAACGCCGUAAUUUAUAAGCCAGUGAUGAAGCGUUUGGUCCACGAAAUCAGCAUCAAGAACCAAGUCAUCUACUUAGACCCCCCGAUGGAGUAUGCCAGAGCACAGUGGUAUAAGCAACUACAUCGGUGGCUUGGCAUUGCUUGCAACCUGCACAAGGUUAAGGCUUCGAGAUACGAAAUGACAGUCCAUAUUACUGAACGUGAGGUUGAGGAUAACUUUGCUGAGCUUCCUAGCCACUUCCCCGACAUGCUUUCAAAGGCAUACAAUGCCGUCGAGAAGAAAAUCACGGAAGUUAGCACUUACGUUGAUAAAUGGCUUCAAUUCCAGAGUCUUUGGGAUCUUCAAGCCGAACAAGUAUACGAUGUCCUUGGCACCAACCUUUCGAAAUGGCUGCAUUUGCUCCAGGAAAUCCGCAAAACUCGAUCGACUUUCGACACAUCGGAUGUCAGCCAGGUGUUUGGUCAUAUCACAAUCGAUUAUGAACAAGUCCAAACCCGUGUCAAUGCCAAAUACGACUCGUGGCAGCACGAGAUUCUUAUGAAGUUCGCUGGAAAGCUUGGUGUUCGUAUGCGCGAUGUUCAUGCUGAGAUUGAGAAAGCGCGCCGAGAUCUUGAAUCGCAAAGCUUAGAGGCUUCGUCUACCGCACAAGCUGUCACUUUCAUCACUAUAGUUCAGCAAUGCAAGAAGAAAGUGAAAGCUUGGGGACCUGAAAUGGAGACGUUCAGACAGGGUCAGACUACGCUAAGCAGACAAAGAUACCAAUUCCCUAAUGAUUGGUUGUUUGUUGAGCAGAUUGACGGGGAGUGGCAAGCCCUCAAUGAAAUCUUGGGACGAAAGAGCAAGAUUGUACAAGACCAGACUGAUGCCCUCAAGGCUAAGAUCAUUGCGGAGGACAGAGUUGUUACGGACAAGAUUACCGCGGUUGUCCAGGAGUGGAAUGAUGAGAAGCCUGUCUCCGGUACUAUUGCUCCUGAGGAUGCCUCGAGGACAUUGAGCACUUUUGAAGCUAGCCUCAACCAACUUAAGUCUGAGUCUGAGAUGGUGGCCAAGGCUAAAGAAGCUUUGGACCUGCCUGCUGGGCCGGAUAACAUUCUAGCGUCUAUUCUCGAGGAAGUGCAAGAUUUCAAAUCCGUCUGGUCCGCCCUAUCGACGAUUUGGAAGAGCCUCAAUGACCUUCGUGAUACUGUCUGGACGUCGGUAGUUCCGCGAAAGAUUCGACAAGGCCUUGACGGUCUUAUUGGUAUGACAAGAGAGAUGCCCAGUCGUAUGCGCCAGUACGCUGCGUUCGAGCAUAUCCAGAAUGUACUGAAGGUGCACGUCUCGGUUAACCCUCUUCUUUCGGAAUUGAAGAGCGAGGCUGUUAGGGAACGGCAUUGGGCCAAAAUAUUCAAGGCUCUCAAACCCAACCAACGUAUCUAUCUCACGAGUCUUAAUCUUGGACAAGUUUGGGACCUCAAUCUCAAGGCUUCAGAGGUCAUAAUCAGAGACAUUAUUGCUCAGGCUCAAGGCGAAAUGGCUCUUGAAGAAUUCGUCAAACAAGUCAGAGAAACUUGGACAAGCUAUGUGCUGGAUUUGGUGAAUUACCAAAACAAGUGCCGUUUAAUUCGCGGAUGGGACGACCUAUUUGCCAAGUGCAGCGAAAACUUGAAUUCCUUACAAGCAAUGAGGCACUCCCCCUACUACAAAGAAUUCGAAGAGGAGGCAAGUAGUUGGGAAGAUAAACUCAACAGAGUCCAUGUUCUUUUUGAUGUUUGGAUUGAUGUCCAGAGACAAUGGGUUUAUCUUGAGGGUGUCUUCACAGGCAACGCCGACAUCAAGCACUUGCUUCCAAUCGAGAGCUCCAGAUUCCAAAACAUUAACUCAGAGUUCUUUGCCGUCAUGAAAAAGGUUUACAAGAGCCCAUACGUUCUCGACGUACUCAAUAUCUCCGGUGUCCAGAAGAGUCUUGAGCGUUUGGCUGAGUUGUUGAACAAAAUCCAAAAGGCAUUGGGAGAGUACCUCGAACGAGAGCGUGUUUCAUUCCCAAGAUUCUACUUCGUUGGUGACGAAGAUCUGCUUGAGAUCAUUGGUAACAGCAAUGACACACAUCGUAUUGCGAAGCACUUCAAGAAGAUGUUUGCUGGACUGUCUGGGCUUUUACUGGACGAGGAUUCUACCAUCUUCGGGUUCACAUCGAAGGAGGGGGAAGAAGUUAGACUGAAAAAACCGAUAUCAUUGAUCAAAAUGCCAAAGAUCAACGAUUGGCUUAUGGCCCUGGAAAACAAUAUGAAGAGUACCCUCGCGGAACUAUUGGCCGAGGCGGUUGCGGAAUUUACCCCGAUGUUUGAGAGUUCUGAUUUAGACAUCGAAACGUUUAAAGAGUACAUCGAAAAGUCCCCGGCUCAAAUCGUAGUCCUAGCUACACAAGUUGUUUGGAGCAUGGCGGUCGAGCAAUGUCUGAUCAAUGGAGGCGAAGAUUUGGGUAAGCUUCAUGCCCAAGAAGUCAAGGUUCUGAAUCUAUUGGCUACAACUGUCCUUGGCGAUCUGAACCCAAUUAUGAGGAAAAAGUGCGAACACAUGAUUACAGAAUUCGUCCACCAGCGGGAUUGUAUCCAGCGUCUCAAAGACAACAACGUUACAAAUCCUCAACACUACAUCUGGCUCCUGCAAAUGAGGUAUAUGUACAAGGCUGAGGGGGAUUUCAUGUCUCGAUUGAAAAUUAAGAUGGCCAAUGCCACAUUGGAAUACGGAUUCGAAUAUCUGGGUGUUGCAGAAAGACUGGUCAGGACCCCAUUGACGGAUCGGUGCUUCUUGACAUUGACACAGGCUUUGUGUCAACGACUUGGGGGUUCUCCAUACGGCCCAGCUGGUACCGGUAAAACAGAAUCUGUCAAGGCGCUUGGUGUUCAGCUUGGACGGUUUACCUUGGUUUUCUGCUGUGAUGAUACUUUCGAUUUCCAAGCUAUGGGUAGAAUUUUCCUGGGUAUUUGUCAAGUCGGUGCCUGGGGAUGUUUCGAUGAGUUCAACCGCCUUGAGGAGCGUAUCUUGUCUGCCGUCAGCCAACAAGUUCAAAAUAUUCAGCAGGGUCUCAAGCGUGCUACUGAGGAUCCUGAGUCACAAAUUGAACUCGUUGGAAGGAACUUGAAGGUCAACGGAAAUACUGGUAUCUUCAUCACCAUGAAUCCUGGUUACGCUGGUCGUUCGAACUUGCCAGACAACCUGAAGAAAUUGUUCCGAAGUGUCGCAAUGAGUAAACCGGAUAAGGAGUUGAUUACCGAAGUCAUGCUUUACUCGCAAGGUUUCAACCAAGCCAAAGCUUUGGCUAAACAGACGGUUCCUUUCUUCGAUGAAUGUUCGAAGAAAUUGUCAAAACAGGCUCAUUACGAUUUCGGUUUACGAGCUUUGAAGAGCGUACUUGUUAGUUCUGGUGGACUCAAGAGAGCUCGACUUCAGGACACCGACUCAGAACGGUCUCAACCCGGCAGCGAGCUAAAGUGGGAAGCCCAAAUUAUUCUUCAAAGUUUGAGGGAGACCAUUGCUCCCAAGUUGAUUCGCGAAGACGUCAAUAUUAUGAGAGGCAUCGAACUUACCGCUUUCCCUGGUAUCGAGUAUGUCCCUGGCAAUCUGAAGAAGUUAGAGGAAGCUAUCACCAAAAUCGCACUGGAGCAGAAUCUGCUUGUCACCGAGACCUGGAUGACGAAAGUACUGCAACUCUACCAGAUUCAAUCUAUCCACCAUGGUGUUAUGAUGGUAGGAGAGUCCGGGUCAGGCAAGUCGUCAGCUUGGAAAGUGCUCCUGCAAGCGAUGCAACAAGUUGAAGGCGUGGAGGGCGUCUCUCAUAUUAUCGACCCGAAAGUCAUGUCAAAGGAAGCUCUCUAUGGUAGUCUGGACUCGACAACCAGAGAGUGGACUGACGGGUUAUUCACAAGCAUCCUGCGAAAGAUUGUGGACAAUCUGCGUGGUGAAGAUUCGAAGCGGCAUUGGAUCGUGUUCGAUGGCGAUGUAGAUCCAGAAUGGGUUGAGAAUUUGAACAGUGUUUUGGAUGAUAACAAGUUGUUGACCUUGCCAAAUGGUGAGCGUCUUAAUCUUCCGCCAAACGUGCGCAUCAUGUUCGAAGUUGAAACUUUGAAGUAUGCGACACUCGCCACUGUCAGUCGUUGUGGUAUGGUCUGGUUCAAUAACGACACCGUUACCGACGAAAUGAUGGUGCAACACUAUCUCAAAACUCUUUCAUCGGUCCCUUUCGAGGAUCUUGACGAGGAUAAUGUCACCACUGGACAGGCUUCCAUCAAAGCAUUGACUGUGCAAAAACAUAUGGCAUUAUUGCUUGAACAACAGCUUCUACGGGAUGGGUUUAUCACCAACGUCCUUCACGAAGCAAGCAAAUACAACCACAUCAUGGAGUUCACCGAGGCGAGAGUCCUGAACACUUUGUUCUCCCUCCUUAACAAGACUUGCAGAACGAUUAUUGAGUACAAUCUGCAACAUGUCGAUUUCCCACUCGAAGACACCCAGAUAGAGAGCUUCGUGUCAAAGAAGAUCCUACUCACUCUCGUAUGGAGCUUUACUGGAGAUUGCCCGCUCACUGACAGGCAAGCCUUCGGCGAAUAUAUCUGCGGCAGGACUACCAUCGGCCUCCCAUCUUUGGGCGAUGGCGGCUCUAUUAUUGAUUAUGAUGUCGCUCUACCCAACGGUGACUGGAUAAGCUGGCAAAACCAAGUCCCACAUGUUGAGGUCAACACGCAUUCCGUCACUCAGACCGACGUUGUUAUUCCUACCCUUGACACUGUUCGCCAUGAGGAUGUUCUAUAUUCCUGGCUUGCAGAGCAUAAGCCCCUCCUUCUCUGUGGCCCCCCUGGUUCCGGUAAAACAAUGACGCUGUUCAGUGCUCUAAGGAAGCUACCAAACAUGGAAGUUGUUGGCCUCAAUUUUUCGAGUGCAACUACGCCUGACCUUCUCAUUAAGACAUUUGAACAGUACUGUGAAUAUAGGAAGACUUUGAACGGAGUCAUCCUUUCCCCAACCCAGAUAGGUCGAUGGCUCGUCAUCUUUUGUGACGAAAUCAAUUUACCCGCACCAGAUAAAUAUGGAACGCAACGUGCUAUCUCUUUUCUACGACAGUUGGUUGAGCAGAAUGGCUUCUGGAAGACAAGUGACAAGACAUGGGUUACGCUUGACCGGAUUCAGUUUGUGGGCGCUUGUAAUCCGCCGACUGACGCUGGUCGUACCCCGAUGGGUGCCCGUUUCUUGAGCCAUGCGCCGCUUAUCAUGGUUGACUAUCCCGGAGAACUUUCACUCAUGCAAAUUUAUGGAACAUUCAAUAGUGCUGUGUUGAAGAUAAUUCCAACUCUCAGGGGUUACUCCGAAGCACUCACUAAAGCCAUGGUUACGUUCUAUUUGGAGAGUCAAAGGAGAUUCACGCCGCAGAUUCAGCCGCAUUAUGUUUACUCACCCAGAGAGUUGACUAGAUGGGUUCGAGGUGUUUACGAAGCCCUCAAGCCUCUUGAGACGUUGACACUCGAAGGGUUAGUCAGGAUCUGGGCUCACGAAGCACUCCGACUGUUCCAGGAUAGAUUGGUUGCCGAAGACGAACGAGAGUGGACCGACGACGCUGUUAAGAGGAUCGCUCUAGAGUGCUUCCCUAAUAUCGACGAAGAUAAGGCACUCAGGGGACCAAUCCUCUUCUCUAAUUGGUUGUCGAAGAACUACGUCCCUGUUGACCGUGAGCAACUUAGAGACUUCGCGCGCGCUAGAUUAAAGACAUUCUGCGAGGAAGAGGUUGAUGUUCCGCUCAUUCUCUUCAAUGAUGUUUUGGAACACGUCCUGAGAAUUGACCGAGUGUUCAGGCAACCGCAAGGUCACUUGAUUCUGAUCGGCGUCAGUGGUAGUGGAAAGACGACGCUAUCUCGCUUUGUUGCUUGGAUGAAUGGCCUUAAAGUCUUCCAAAUCAAAGUGCACGGCAAAUACUCCGGUGAAGACUUCGACGAAGACCUGCGGGAUGUACUACGACGUUGUGGUUGCAAGGGCGAGAAGAUCUGUUUUAUCAUGGACGAGGCUAAUGUCCUUGAUUCUGGUUUCCUGGAGCGAAUGAACACACUUCUUGCCAAUGCAGAAGUUCCCGGUCUUUUCGAGGGUGACGAUUUUGCGGCCCUAAUGACAGCAUGCAAGGAAGGUGCUCAAAAACAAGGUCUGCUUCUUGACUCCCAAGAAGAGUUGUACAAGUGGUUCACUCAACAGAUUGUCAAGAAUCUCCAUGUUGUGUUCACAAUGAACCCGCCUCAGGGAGGCCUCGCAUCCAAAGCGGCUACAUCUCCUGCGCUUUUCAAUCGUUGUGUGCUCAACUGGUUCGGUGAUUGGAGUGACCAGGCCUUCUAUCAGGUUGGUACAGAGCUCACGCAUGGCCUCGAUCUUGACCAUGCAGGGUACAGUGCACCAUCAAGUAUUCCUGUGGCUUACAGAGGAUUGAGCUUGCCACCUUCGCAUCGCGAGGCUGUCAUCAAUGCCAUGGUUUAUAUUCAUCACUCAAUGCACCAGUUCAACGCUAAGUUACUGAAGCAACAGGGCAAGAUGACCUUCCUUACCCCACGUCACUUUUUGGAUUUCGUGGCGCAAUAUGUUAAGCUCUACAAGGAGAAACGAGAAGACCUUGAAGAACAACAAAGACAUUUGAACGUUGGUCUUGACAAACUUAAGGAUACUGUUGAGAAGGUCUCAGAUCUGAGGAAGAGCCUGGCAGAGAAGCAAGGUCAAUUAGAGAGAAAGAGUGCAGAAGCCAACGAAAAGCUUCAACGCAUGGUUGCUGAUCAACAAGAAACCGAGAAAAAGCGUGCUGAAUCCCUCAAAGUCCAAGCCGCUUUGGAGGUCCAAGAGAAAGAGGUUGCAGAGAGAAAGGAAAUUGUGCUGGCUGACCUUGCCAAAGCCGAACCCGCUGUCAUUGAAGCCCAAAAGAGUGUUAGCAACAUCAACAGAAAGCAGCUUACCGAAGUCAGAUCUAUGGCAAAUCCACCGCAGGGUGUGCAACUAGCUAUGGAAGCCGUCUGCUCUAUGUUGGGACAACGGGCGGAUAGCUGGAAGAGUAUCCAACAAAUUAUCCGUCGUGAAGACUUCAUCCCAAGCAUCGUUAGCUUUGACAACGAGAAGAUGAUGACCAAGAGCUUGAGGGCCAAGAUGCAAACAGAUUACCUAUCAAAGCCCAACUUUACCUUUGAGAUCGUCAACAGAGCUUCUCGAGCUUGUGGUCCUCUAGUACAAUGGGUUGAGGCGCAAGUCAAUUACAGUGAGAUUCUGGAUAGAGUUGGACCUUUGAGAGACGAGGUCGCAGAAUUGGAGCAAAAGGCAGAGGAAACCAAGGAGAAUGCCUCUGCUAUGAUGGAAAUGAUUAAGAGCCUAGAAGAGAGUAUUGCACGAUACAAGGAGGAGUAUGCAGCUCUUAUCAGUGAGACACAAGCCAUCAAAACGGAAAUGUCGAAGGUUCAAUUUAAAGUCGAUCGUAGCGUCAAGUUGCUUGAUAGCUUGUCUUCCGAAAGAGUCCGCUGGGAUGAGAGUAGCAGAUCCUUCGAAACGCAAAUAGGUACUUUGGUUGGUGAUGUGCUCCUCUCCUCUGCCUUUUUGGCAUACAGUGGUCUCUACGACCAACAAUUCCGAAAGUACAUGCUUGAGGAAUGGAUGAAUCAUCUUCAAUUGUCUGGUAUCGAGUACAAACAGCAUAACCCAGUUACCGGAUACCUCUCGUCUGCCGACGAACGGUUGCAUUGGCAAGAGAAUUCUCUCCCUGUCGAUGACCUUUGCACAGAGAACGCGAUUAUUCUCAAGCGAUUCAACAGAUACCCACUCAUCAUCGAUCCAUCUGGAAGAGUAACAGACUUCUUAUCUAACUCUAAUAAGGAAAGAAAGCUCACGAUUACAAGCUUCCUCGACGAUUCAUUUACCAAACAACUUGAGAGUUCUCUGCGUUUCGGUAAUCCGAUUUUAAUUCAAGAUGCGGAACAUUUGGAUCCCAUCUUAAAUCACGUUUUGAAUAAGGAGUACCAAAAAACUGGCGGUCGUGUUUUGAUCCAACUCGGCAAGCAGGAGAUCGACUUUUCGCCUGCAUUCAAGUUGUAUUUGUCGACUCGUGAUCCAUCAGCUUCCUUCCCGCCAGACAUUUGCAGCCGUACAACGUUUGUCAAUUUUACCGUCACGAAGAGCAGUUUACAAACUCAGACACUCAACCAAGUCUUGAAGUUCGAGCGACCCGAUGUGGAUCAACGACGAAGCAAUUUGAUGAAGCUACAGGGCGAGUUCAAGUUGCAUCUCCGAAAGUUAGAAAAGAGCCUUUUGCAGGCAUUGAACGAGAGCAGAGGCAAUAUCUUGGACGACGAUCGUGUCAUUGAUACCCUCGAAACUUUGAAGAGGGAAGCAGCCGAGGUUUCCAACAAGAUGGCUGAAACUGAGGGUGUCAUGAGCGAGGUGGAGUCGAUUACCAAAAAAUACGAAAUUAUCGCGAAAGCUUGCAGCUCCGUUUUUGCCGUCCUAGAGCACCUACAUCAUCUCAACCACUUUUACCAAUUCUCGCUUCAAUAUUUCUUGGAUAUCUUCCAUGCUGUUCUUUACGGGAACAAACGCCUAGCAGACGAGAAAGACUACAAUGCACGAAUUCAAAUUAUCUUACGAGACUUGUUCAUCACAACCUACCAGCGUACUUCGCUUGGUCUAUUGCAGAAAGAUCGUGUCACGUUUGCUAUGCUGCUCUCUCAAGCCUCGCAUUAUGUCUUUGAUCGUGGAAUGAUUGAUAUUCUGCUUGAUGACAAUGUUGCCGGAAUCGAUGUCUCCAGCGAACCUGAUAGGCGCGAAGAGGCUCUUAAGAAGGCAAGCAGUCUACCACUGUUCGAAGGUUAUCUCGCAAAUGUCACACAGGAUGAUUGGGAAAGGUUUUUCGGAGAGGAGAAAGCAGAAGAUCAUGUUCCAGUACUAUGGGAUGAGAAGACCUCCGAGUUGGACAGGUCGUUGAAACGCCUCAUCAUGGUUAAACUUUGUCGUCUUGAUAGACUUGUCCCUGCUGCGGAAUCAUUCGUCGCAAAUGUCUUUGGCAAGGAAAUUUUGGACGCUACUGGAGACUUGAGCGAUGUGGUGAAGCAAGUGUCCGCUACUACUCCCAUUGCUCUUUCGUCUUCGCCUGGUUUCGAUGCAAGUUACAAGGUCGACAACCUCGUUCAGCAAGUCGGCGCGAACUGCCUCAAUAUUGCCAUGGGCUCCAAUGAAGGUCUCGCAAUGGCCGACAAAGCCGUCAGCAGCGCCGCAUCCGUUGGAUCCUGGGUUCUUAUCAAGAACGUGCACCUUACUCCUGGAUGGCUUCAAUCUCUUGAGAAACGCCUCGAUGCACUCAAGCCACAUCCUGAUUUCAGAUUGUUUUUGUCUAUGGAGUCGUCGCCUAAGAUUCCAGUUAACUUGAUCCGUGCAUCAAGAGUCUUGAUGUUCGAACAACCGGCUGGUGUUCGUGCCAAUAUGAGAGACUCGCUGGGCACUCUUGCCAACCGAAAGAGCAACCAGCCAAUUGAGAAGGCCAGAGUUUACUUGCUUCUUUCCUUCUUGCACGCCAUUGUGCAAGAGAGACUACGAUAUGCACCUACAUUGGGAUGGAAGGGUUUCUGGGAGUUCAAUGAUAGCGACUACGAAUGCUCUGCAUUCAUCAUCGAUACCUGGAUUGAAGCAGUCGCCCAAAACAGAUCAAAUGUGGCGCCUACUAAGCUCCCUUGGCCAAUGAUCCGUUACCUCGUCACAGAAACCUACGGUGGCAAGAUUGAUGAUGAGUCAGACUUCAACCUACUCAGAUCGCUCGUUGAAACAGUCUUCACUCCAGCUGCGUUUGAGACGGACCAUAAACUCGUCGCUGGUGAGAACCCGCUACUUGUCCCUGAUGGUAGUGGGAUUGAUCAGUUCAAGGCCUGGGUCAAUGGAUUGCCAGAAAGAGAGCCACCAACAUGGCUCGGAUUGGGGGCGAACAGCGAGAAGUUGUUGCUUGUGGGGUAUGGCAAGAGGAUGGUUGGACAACUUGGGACAGUUACAGAGUUAUUGGAGGAAGGGGAAUCUGUUGGUGAGGCUGCACCCGCAGCUUAA